AUGGAGGCAAUAAUUUGGAAUGUAAGAUCAGUGAAUACAAUGCAAGCUUUUGAAAGACUGAUCUUAAUGCACAGGCAGCAUCAUUUUGAAUUCAUUGGAAUAUUGGAACCUAUGCAACAGUCAAACAAAAUGGAGAGAUACAGGGCAAGAAUUGGUUUGGCUCAGGCUGUGGUUAAUGUAUCUAAUAAAAUAUGGGCAUUCAUAGAUGAAGUGUAUGAGGUGACAAUUCUGUACAACAUGACUCAACAGUUGACCCUGAAACUGUUUCACACAGAAACUCAUAUAGAGCUUAUACUUACUCUAGUGUAUGCUAAAUGUGAUGCAAUAGAGAGGAUAGAACUAUGGGAUUCUCUUUAUGCAAUGGCUACUGAUAUGACUUCUCCUUGGCUUGUGGGAGGGGAUUUCAAUGUUAUAUGGGAUGAGGAGGAAAAGUUUGGUGGGCUCCCUGUUCAUUUAAAUGAGAUUGAUGAUUUUAGGCAUUGCAUUAACACUUGCAACCUCACAGAUCUGGGUUUCAAGGGGAGUAUUUACACCUGGUGGAAUGGAAGAUCAGAAGAGGAUUGUAUUUUUGAAAGACUUGAUAGAUGCUUGGGUAAUUUAGAGCUGCAGCAAACUUUUCCAGGACUUGAGAUCACACAUUUAUCAAAAAUUGGAUCAGAUCACUGCCCACUGUAUCUGAAAUGUGACAUUGAAGCUGCUCCAAUUAGGAAGUCCUUUAGAUUCCUCAACUUCUGGACUAAGCAUGACACUUUCAAAGAUGUGGUGAGAGAAAAUUGGAAUGCAGAUUUUGCUGCAAAUCCUUUCAUAUUGUUCAAUUAUAAGUUGAAAAAACUGAAGAAAGCACUUUCCAGUUGGAGCAGAGCAACAUAUGGAGAUAUCUUUCAGAAAAUUGCCAGUUUAGAAGAGGUUGUUUUAGUACAUGAGAGGCAGUUUGAGGCAUUUCCUACUCAGAUGAAUAGAGAAAGGUUGCACAAGGUUAAGGCAGAAAUGAUUAGGUAUCUUGCUGUGGAAGAAGAAUUUUGGAAGCAGAAAGCAGGCAUGUUAUGGUUUAAAGAUGGGGAUAGAAACACAAAGUUCUUUCAUGCUCAAGUGAGGGGUAGAAGAAAGAAAUUACAGCUGAGAAGGAUACAGAAUAACAUGGGCAUCUGGAUAGAGGAGGAGGAGCAAAUUGCAGAAGAAGCAGUCAGCUUUUACAAGGACCAAUUCACAGAAUCAGUAGUACCUUCAACCUUUCACAUCAUUGAUCAUGUUCCAACUUUGGUGGAGGAAGAGCAAAAUGCAAGAUUAACUGAGCUACCAACAAAAGAGGAAGUCAGAAAGGCAGUAUAUGGAUUGAAUGGGGAUUCAGCAGGAGGACCUGAUGGCUUUACUGGGGCUUUUUAUCACACAUGUUGGGAUAUUGUUGGAGAGGAUAUUUAUGCAAUGGUGCUGCAAUUUUUCUGUGGUCAACAGCUACCAAAGUGUGUGACACAUACUAACCUAGUUCUCCUACCAAAGAAAAAAGAGGUGACUACUUUUUCAGAUUUGAGACCAAUUAGCCUUAGUAACUUCAUUAAUAAAAUAUUUUCAAGGGUCAUCCAUGACAGACUGGUAGAGAUACUGCCUAAUUUAAUUUCUGAGGAGCAGGCUGGCUUUGUAAAAGGUAGGAGUAUUGUAGAGAAUAUAUUGCUUACCCAGGAGAUCAUUACUGAUAUUAGAUUAAGAACUAAGGCUGGUCCUAAUGUGGUAAUGAAACUGGACAUGACCAAGGCAUAUGAUAGGUUGUCUUGGCUUUUCUUAACAAAAGUGUUGAGAAAGAUGGGUUUCUGUGAGAGGUUCAUUGGCAUGAUUUUUGAUUUGGUAGGGAAUAACUGGUACUCAGUUCUUAUAAAUGGUCAACCAAGAGGUUUUUUCAAAUCAACUAGGGGUGUCAAGCAAGGGGAUCCAUUGUCUCCAACACUUUUUAUUCUAGCUGCUGAGGCUCUUUCUAGGGGAUUGAAUUCACUACAUCAAAAUCUCUAUUUCUGUGGAUUUGGACUGCCAAAGUGGAGUCCAAAAAUAAAUCACCUUGCUUAUGCAGAUGAUACCAUCAUCUUUUCCUCUUCAGAUGCCACAUCACUGAGGCUGAUUAUGGAGAUAUUAUAUCUCUAUGAAGCUGCUUCUGGUCAGUUGGUGAAUAAGAACAAGUCUGCUAUCUAUAUGCAUCACCUUACAGAUCCAGAAGUAGUAAGGAAAGUUGAGAGGAUUACUGGUAUUGGAAGUAAGGAUUUCCCAUUUACUUAUCUAGGAUGCCCUAUAUUUUAUGCAAGAAGGAGGUUUGAUUAUUACCAGCCAAUGAUCACAAAGGUUCUUAACAGAUUACAGUCAUGGAAAGGAAAAUUGCUUUCUAUAGGAGGCAGGGCAGUCCUAAUUUCUAGUGUACUGCAGAGUUUACCAAUUCAUCUGUUAUCUGCUGUAAACCCCCCAAACUAUGUUAUUAAUAAACUGCAUAAGUUGUUUGCUCAGUUUUUCUGGAGUAGCUCAGUUGGGGGAAAUAGCAGACAUUGGGCUUCAUGGAACACUCUUUGUAUGCCUUAUGAUGAAGGGGGAAUUGGCUUCAGAUCCCUACAUGAUGUUUCCAAGGCCCUAUUCUGUAAGCUUUGGUGGAAUUUCAGAACUAAACCUAGUCUGUGGAGCUCUUUCAUGAGUCAGAAAUACUGCAAAAAACUAAAUGCAGUAGUAGUACCUUGGAGGGAAGGCUCACAUGUGUGGAAGAAAAUGUUGGAGUGCAGGGAUCUUAUUGAACAUCAGAUAAUAUGGAAAUUGAGGAUGGGCUCUUCUUUGUUUUGGUAUGAUAACUGGACUGGACUAGGGGCCCUUUAUUUUCUUGUUCCACAAGACUUUGGUAUAGAUGAGGGAACACAGAAUGUGUAUGAACUUGUGGAGAAUGGAGCUUGGAAUGUUGAUAGAUUAAUGGAGUUAUUACCAGAAGACUUAGCAUCACACAUUAUUGAGAAGAUCAGCCCCCCACUGGUAGAAAAUGACAUAGACAGACCAUUUUGGAUGCUGGAACCCAAAGGUUAUUUUUCUGUCAAAACAGCCUGGGAAUACUUGAGAAGGAGAGAUCAUCCUAAAAGAGCUUAUAAGAUGAUUUGGGUAAGAGGUCUUCCUUUUAAGAUUUCCUUUUUCAUGUGGAAGGUGUGGAAAGCUAAAUUACCAUUAGAUGACUUUAUGAGAAGGCUGGGGUAUUUCAUGCCAUCUAAGUGUUGGUGUUGUGCUGCACCUAAGGAGGAAUCAUUAGUGCAUCUGUUCUACACAUCAAAAUCUGCUGAGACAGUAUGGAGGUAUUUCCUACCAAGAGCUGGAAUAUCAGUACAAGGUUUGACUCUACACCAAGCCAUUACAAGAUGCUGGACUGUACCUGUGGUGUCUAGAUUAAAACCAGUCAUGCAGGCUUUACCUUCUUGCAUAGUUUGGGAGCUAUGGAAGAGAAGAAACAGUCUAAAACAUGGAGAAGGUGUAUCAGUAAGCAGAGUAAUCUAUCAAGUGUCAACACAUCUCCAGCACCUUGUGCAGAUGAGGAAACCUAACCUACAAGUACCUCACAGAUGGUCUAAUUUGCUGACUAUGAUGGAAAACUAUACUCCAAGGCUUAAAUAUGAGAAAGUACUAUGGGAGUUUCCUAUGGAGGGCUGGAUAAAAGUCAACACAGAUGGGGCAUCAAGAGGGAAUCCUGGAAGAAGUUCUAUUGGUUUUUGUCUAAGGGAUGCAUCAGGUGAUGUGAAAUAUGCAUUGGGAAGGGAGAUUACUGAAGGAUCUAACAAUGAAGCAGAAGCUGUAGCAAUCUUAGAGGCAUUGAGAAUAUGCAGGACUCUUAAUUAUUCUCACAUAUGGCUGCAGACAGAUUCUAUGCUCAUGAAGAAUACUAUUGAGGGAACAUGGAAACCACCUUGGUGUAUUGUGGAAUAUGUAGAAGAGAUUAUGAAGCUUCAGGAAGGAUGCAGGAUGAAACUGUCACAUAUUUUCAGAGAAGGGAACAAGUUGGCAGACCAUUUGGCAAAUUUUGCACUUGAUCAUGGCAUGAUUGAGUGCUAUGACUUCUGGGAUCUAGAUGUACAGGGGAGGAGAAUAGUGAAUGAGGAUAAGAUGCAAUGUAGGAGCUUAGUAUCUAUGUUCUGUCAGAGGGGGUGUGUAAUCAAUGGCGUACCAGAAGGAGAUACCACCAGGCAGCACAGAGUUGAAGCAGUCAGGCGGAGAACACGAGAAGUCAUAGUAGCAGCAGCUUGGCAUACAGAUGCAAGUAGAUACAUGAAAAUCCAAAGAAGAAAGGAAGUUAGUACAGAUGAGUGGAGCAAAAAUGAAGAAGAUACAACACAGAAGAAAGAGAAAGACAGUCGAUGUUACCUAGGAGAGCUUCAGAUGGAGGUGUUGGAGGGAGUUAUACACGUGUUGGGUGAAAACAAGGGCGAGGCUGUUUGUGCAAAGCAGAGGUGGAAAUUUGGAGCUGACUACACGGUUGGGCUUGGCGUUUUGGGCCCAGUUGGAGGCUUUGGCUUAUUCAAUGCAUACGGUUGGGCUAAAUGUGCAAUUUGGGAAUUUUGGAGUAAACAGUGGCUAUUUGUGCAAAUCAGUAAAUACCUCCAAUAG